AUGGAUCAGCCAACGAACACGCAGACACCGCAUCAACACGAACCCAUCAGCUUCGGGAUUGAUCAGAUUUUAAACAGUUCUGAUCAGGAGACCCCUUCCCAGCCCGCCCCCCGAGGAUCAGACGGCAGCACAAAUUACCUGGGAAGCCCCGUCAGCAGCAGAACGAGCGCCCCGUACCCUUCCCUCCCCGGCUCUUUCGCUGGCAUCGGGGCCCCAUUCGAAGACUCUGGAUCUUACAGUGUGAAUCUAAGCUUGGCUCCAUCUGGCGUGAUUCGGGUGCCAGCUCAUAGACCCAUCCCUGGGGCAGUGCCACCUCCAAUUUCUAGUGCCAUCCCAGCCAUGCCAGCUGUACCCAGCCUUGGCAGCCUCAACUUCCCUUGGAUGGAGAGCAGCAGGCGGUUCGUCAAGGACAGAUUCACAGCGGCGGCGGCGCUCACCCCCUUCACGGUGACGAGGAGGAUCGGGCACCCCUACCAGAACCGCACCCCACCCAAGCGCAAGAAGCCACGCACGUCCUUUUCCCGGGUGCAGAUCUGUGAGCUGGAGAAGCGCUUCCACCGGCAGAAGUACCUGGCCUCAGCCGAGAGGGCGGCGCUCGCCAAGUCGCUCAAGAUGACCGACGCGCAAGUCAAGACCUGGUUCCAGAACCGCCGGACCAAGUGGCGGAGGCAGACGGCGGAAGAGAGGGAAGCUGAGAGGCAACAGGCAAGCCGGCUGAUGCUGCAGCUCCAGCACGACGCCUUCCAGAAGUCGCUGAACGAUUCGAUCCAGCCCGACCCGCUCUGCUUGCACAACUCGUCGCUCUUUGCGCUCCAGAACCUGCAGCCCUGGGAGGAGGAGGGCUCCAAGAUCCCGCCCGUCACCUCCUUAGUGUAA